AUGACCGACAGUGCUAGCCUGACCAGUGACCUCCGCUCGUCCUCACCCUCCUCGCCCUCUCCCUCCAGAAGAAGCGCCGCCUCUUCGACCUCUGUUCGUCCCACACCCGCAACCGCCCCAGCGACGACCACCACGACGUUGCCAAGAAGACCUCAAAGCCAGCCAGCGAUGGCCACGAGCGGCCUGGGAGGACAAGGAGACGUAGUAGCAAAGCCGGCCCCUAUACCGCCUUCGCUGGACCCUCAAUACCACCACCAUAAUCAUCACCAACCGGACGAGACAAACCACACCACAGCUCCGUUCGCUGCCUCCAGACUCCAGAGAAAGCGAGCCGCCUCCAUCGACGUGCAAGAGGCAAACCACCCCCGAAUCCAAUCCCUCAGUCUCUACACGCCGACUACGGCCAGAAGCGAUGGGGGAAGAGACAUGAUAUGUCUCUGCACAAAAGCACCGAAGGUUCCCAGACCUCGUAACGCCUUCAUCCUUUAUCGCCAGCACUGGCAGGGCCACGUCGCGGCGCAGCACCCCGGGCUUGCGAACCCCGACAUCUCCAAACUCAUAGGCGAGAAGUGGCGCGAGCAGCCCGACGAGGUCAAGAACAGCUGGAAGCAGCUCGCUGAAGAGGAAAAGAUCCGCCACCAGCGCCAGUACCCCGACUACCGCUACCAGCCCCGACGCGGAGGCAAGAACGCCAGCGGCAGACCGACGUCCGCGCACGGCGGUGAUAGUUCUGGUCGCUGCCCCAAGUGUGGGGGACGCUACAUCGCGACGCCCCGAACGCCCUCGACGCCCUUCAGUGUCGCGACGACGCCGGCGGCCUCCUCGAAGGCCCCUCCGUCGAAUAUGCAUCAACAGCCGUAUAUCAACCCCAACCCGCGUGUCAUCGAGACGGACCACCUGCGGCGAGGUUCCACCGCGAGUGCCAUGUCGAUCGACGGCCACGGUCGCAGGUACACCCAGCCGAUGCUGAGGGACAUCGACGAAGACUAUGGGAUGAUGUCUCCGACAGCCGCCCCAGCGCCGCCGCCCGACCACAAGCGACGCCGCUACAAUGGGCCCCAAGUCUUCGUCCCCGGAUCUCCGCCCAUUGGCUACAUCCAGGUCCCGGACCCACGAUACCAACAGCAACAACAAUAUCCUCAACACCCACAACAACAGCAACAGCACCGCCCGUCAGUCAGCGGACCACCGCCAAUGUCGGCGAGCGGCUACGGUCCUGGGCCGCUGCCCCAACCUCCUCCAAUGCAGUACCGCCAACCGACUCACCCAAACCCCCAGAAUCACCCUCAUAUGCAACCGCCUCCCCGGCCGUCAGUGUCGUACCACCAACAGAUGCCGAUGCCGAUGCCAGUACCGACGCCGGCACCUAACAGAGGGAAUGCCGGGUUUGACGAGUCGCUCCGGCUGCCUCCGCUCCAGACACAGGUGCCCAAUUCCCCGUCGAUGAACCCAGAAGCAGCCCCCCCGCGCCCCAUGUCAGCCGCGCCGCAACCAGCUCAUUUUGGGACCGGCCUCGGUAUCGUCAAUAACGGAGCAGGCCCCGUCGUCAGGCAACAACAGCCACAACAGGUGGUGCAGCAAGUACAAGCACAAGCACCAGCCGUACCACCGAGAUGGCCUUUCCUGCUGAAACUCGACGUGCUCCGGUCGAUCAGUCCGCCGCUGAAACCGCCCGGUCCGGGCGGGCCUUUCUUCGAGAGACGCGGACCCAUCAUCGCCAUCGAAGGAGCCAGUGUUUCCGUUAUGAGAGAAGUGGCUGCUGUGGUGGAGAAGGCACUGUCGGUGUCCGGGGAGUACGCCGUGAAGAUGUGGUCGGAGGAUAAUAACAACAAUGCAAUUGCACACCCGAGCCCGGCAGCUCAUUCGAGCGCUGAGGGCGCGGAUGGGAGCCAUGCCAAUGAGGAUGAGACCGAAAAAUCGGCCGCUGUUGAGACCAGUAGCGUUCAGAGGAAACCGUCGCUGAUGAGCCCCAUUGCGAACUACGUCGCCCGGAUGCUGAAAUGGCACAAGACGUCCGAGGAGCUGAUCCGGUACAUCACCAGCGCUCCGCCAUCCACCCACACCCCACGAGCGGCACUGCCAUCGAGCAGCGACUCCAAGACACCUGAAGACUCGACAUCAUCAUCGGCAAAACCCGCCGCAGCGACGCCGGCGGGCCCCAGCUCCUCCAAGCUGCCAGUAGCAAUACUCGCGGACGGCUACAGCCUGACGUUCUCGAACCGGUACGCGGGGUCGCUGCACGUCAACGACGCGUACCGGGCCGACGACCACUGGCAGUGGGUGGCGACGCUGUGGCGCGGCAUCGUGGGCGCGGACCUGACGGUGUACGUCAAGCGCGCGGCCGAGGCCGAGCUGCAGGGCAACAACUGCGUUGAGUUUGUCGGGGGCUCGGGCGUGCUGGUGCUGCGCGUGGUCGAGGGCCGCGGCGUCGACGAGAAGCUCGAGCGCCGGCUUGGGUUUGAGAUCUCGGAGUGGGUGCGCAGUGGGAGUUUCAAGGCUGGGUUUGAGUCGUUGCGCACGCGGAAGCCCUCGCCCAACGCCCAAAUGUCGGAUCUAGCAGUUGGGCAGACCAUCCGCCUCAGCGAUGGCCGCAUUGCUGUCGUUCGCUUUGCCGGCCAGACCCAUUUCGCACCCGGAGACUGGUUGGGAGUUGAGUUGGAAGAUGACAGCGGCAAGAAUGAUGGUGCCGUUCAGGGCGAGCGGUACUUCGACUGCUCACCCGGGAAGGGCAUGUUCGUCAGGCCAUCCACUGCCACCAUAAUACAAGCCGCGCCAGCUCUGAAGGCUGCCGCCCCUAUUCGACGAGGUUCACGGACGAGCACUGCCGCUGCGAGCGCUGGGCGACCAAGUUCCCGACCAAGUUCCGUGAACGACCCCUCGAUGGGAAAGCGCAUGAGCAUGAAUGCACCCAGUCCAAGUCCCGUUCCUAGGACAUCUCGGCCCUCUAUCUCCCACCAAAUCCCCGACGAAACAACUGGCGACAGCCCCUCCAAGUACCACGAACUCUCGAACUGGCACCCCAUCAAAUACCCGCACCUCAGGUGCCGGAGUCAAGCCCAGACCUUCCCUUGGUGGUUCGAGGACAUCUAUGGGUCCGCCAGCACUUCCCUCUGCUGGAGUACGACGUCAACCCUCUACCUCAUCCUCAUCUUCUACGACGGCACGACCUACAAGCACUGCUACGAGGCCCUCGGGUGCUCGGCUCUCCACUGCGCCUGCCCGAGGACUCGCACGUCCUACUUCAGGGAGAAUAAUGUCUGUUCGCCCAUCAAGAGUGAUGGAGAACAAGCGAGCAGCCCAGUCCUCUCAAGAACCAAGGCCCUCGAGAAACUCACGUCUGGAGGCCCAUCCUUGUCGACACCCCCCACCAAGCAACAGACGGGUACACCUACCAGCCGCACCCCGGGUGGUGCUUCCUCUACACGACCAGCUGCCGCUAAUGCUAUCAGCCGAGAGAAUGAGGACCUGAAGUCAAAAAUCAAGGUUCUUGAACGCAAGAGACUGGAAGACCGUGAGAAACUCAAGGAAAUCGAACGCCUCCAGGAGCAGCGUGACAAGUUCGAGACUAUCAACAAGAAGAUUGAGACUAAAUUCCAAGCCACGUCUCAGGAAAACGCUGGCCUGCGAAAACAGUUGAAGGAAGCAGAAGACAGUCUAGAGCAGAUCGAAUCUCUCCAAGCCGAACAUGAGUCCAUCAUGGAGCUGGCAACUUUGGACCGCGAGAUGGCCGAGGAAACCGCCGAAGUCCUAAAAUCAGAGUUCGAGGCCCUGAAGCAGAAAGCUGAAGAGCUCGAGCUGGAGGUCGAGAUCUUACGCGAGGAGAAUUCCGAAUACUCGAAUGGUAUGUCACCCGAGGACAGGGCCAGCACGGGAUGGCUGCAGAUGGAGCGAAACAAUGAACGAUUACGGGAUGCUCUGAUCAGGUUGCGGGAUAUCACACAGCAACAGGAUGAAGAGAACAAACUGCAGAUCAAGUCUCUGGAGGCGGACCUGGAAGAGUUUGAUGCGAUCAAGGAACAAUACGAAAUCGCCAAGGAAAAACUGCUGGAAUCCGAAGUCCGUGCCGAGGAUCUCCGACAGCAACUUGACGACAAUCUCGGCGCUGAAGCUAUCAUCGAACAACUCAGCUACGAGAAGUUGACUCAGUCCGAACAAAUCAACGAGUUGAAGGCCAUGAUCGACGAUCUCGAGGCCCUCAAAGAGAUCAACGACGAGCUUGAGAUCAACCACGUCCAGAAUGAGAAGGAGAUGCAGGAAGAUCUCGACUUCAAGGACACUGUUAUUGCGGAACAGGUUCGAAGGGCUUCUGAGAAGGAUGACGCGAUCGGAGAUCUAGAGUACACCUUGUCUCGAUUUAGAGAGCUGGUCACCAACCUCCAGACCGAUAUCGAGGACUUGCGUGCUUCUCACGUGGUGAACGAAGCUGAGUCCGAAAAGCUCGGCAGCACAUCCAGGUUGAUGAUGGAUCUAAAUCACAAGCUCCAGAUCUCGACAGAGAAGACUCAAGUCAAGACCAUCGAACUGGAGCUACAACGCAUGGAUGCGAAAGAAGCACAACAACACUUGCAGAUCGUCAAACUGUUCCUCCCCGAAAGCUUCGCUGCUGAUCGGGACUCGGUUCUCGCAUUGCUGCGAUUCGGCCGACUGGCUUUCAAGGCGAACCUACUACAUGGCUUUAUUAAGGAACGAGUCGGUGGGCAGCCGCACCCAGGCCACGAAGACGAGGUCUUCGCUGGCUGUGACGCCCUGGAUAAGCUGACUUGGGUUUCAUCCAUGUGCGAUCGAUUUGUCAAUGCCAUCAGUCAUUGCUCCCUGGAACAGUUCGCCAAGUACGAGGGUGCUCUCUACGAAUUGGAACCAGUUGAACGAGCUCUGAACAACUGGAUUGAAGGGCUCAGAAAGGACGAACUCAAGGAGAUGCAAUGCGCAAGUGAACUGCAACGCACCAUUGCCCUCAUGACCCACCUUGGAGAGGUCCAUAUCUCCGAGGGCCUGGAGAGCUUUGCCGAUGAAGUCCAGAUGAAGGCAGUACUCACGCAAAGUCACCUGGAGUCAGGCGCUGCGGCUUUCAACGUUAUUAAGGGCAUGGUUCAGCGAGUCGUGCCGGUCAAUGGCGAGGAGGACGAACUGGCCCAGCACUUUGCCAAACGGGCAGAUGCGGUCAUUAGCCAGACUCGAAGUGCCAAGGUCAUCGCCUCGAAGGCGGUCCGUUCUCUGGAUGAUCUGCGGGCGAGAUCGCUGGCCCUCACCCCCGAUACUGCUGAAGCCUUCGAACAGUGUGAAAACACGAGCCAGGAGCUUGUGGAAAUGUCGCGCAAGAUCGGAAACGACUUGCACACCCUCUUGACGGUAGAAGGUCGCUCUGAGGCGUACUCGUACCCUGAAGUGCAGACUACUGUGUCACGCACAGUCAUGAGUUCUUUCGCAUCUGCUGAAUCGGAUCUUUUCUCUACUUACCUGUCGAAGCUCCGCGUUCUCACUGGCCAAAUCACAGAUCUCGCCGCCGUCUGCUCCGAUCUAUCGCAGACACAAGAGUUCGAACGCAAUCAGGCGCCAUGGAUCCUCAGAGCGCAAGAACUCAAGGCUCUGAAGACGAUCCCGGUUGACGCCGAGGAAGAGCUUCGUCAGCUCAAGGAUCAUUACAACCAGGCUCGACGAGACGUUGCUUUACGUGACGAGAAUCUCAGCACGGCUACACUCCGCAUCGAAACGCUUGAGGCCCGCAUGCGUGAUGCCAAUGCCAAGGCCUCUCGCAUGGCAGAUCUUGAGUCCCAAAUUGUGGACGUUCAGAGCCACAUCGCCACACUCCAGAAGGACCUCGAGCAGCAAGACCGCGAGGCCAAGGCCCUUGAGGCCGACCGCGACAAGUGGAAGAAGAUUGCAGGCGAUAGCAGAGCCUUUGGCGACGCAGCAGACGCCGCUGGAGCGAAGGCUGGCCAGGACCGCGCAGUCGCCACGGCCCGUGAGAUGGAUGCGCUCAACCACGAAAUCAAGAGCUUGGAAGAAGCAGUGAAUUUCCUGAGAGCAGACAACCACCGAGCUCGCAUCACGGAGCAGCCCAACUACGACUGGCUCUCCGAGCCACUCAUCAAGCCCGUUCCCGUUCAAGAGCAGCGCAAGGCCCUAGUUGCCGCCGAGGCCCGGGACUGCUCGAGGGAACUCCUGAAGAUCGCCACGGAUACGGAGUGGCCAUCGUUCCCGACCCCAGAGGAGAGGGGCCACUGGCGACCGUACAGCUCGACCAUGAAGCACUACGCCGAGAAGAAGAGGGAGGAAUUCGAAAAGUGGGAGGCUUGGGACAAAUCCGUCAAGGAGAAGGCACGACUCGUCAAUGGCCCAGCCAAUGGGAACAGAAGGGCACAGCGACCGGCAGCAAAUCCCGAUCACGCCAGGAUUAGGAGCGCGGCGGUUGCAAGGCUGCAGAUCCGUAUGCCUAGCGGCGUGGGUGGUAAGGUCAUCCCUGGUAGCGGACGUGAUGUACAAGUUCAGGACUCGAGGACUUGGGAGGAACUGUCGGGCAUGGUUUCUACUGCGUGA